GUUGUUAAAGGACCAGAAUUUCCACCACCUCUUACUGCCUGAACUAAGAAACAGACCAGUAUAAAGGAAGACGAGGCUCAAAUCCUGGCUCAAGUACUAAUUAGCUGUUCAGUGCUGGGCAAGUCCCUUAACUUUUCUGAACUUCAAUCUUCUCAGCCAUAAAAUGGAAAUAAUAACAGCAUCUCCUUCACAAGUUUGUCUGAGAAUCUGCUGAGAAUCUGCUGAGAAAUCACCAGACAAAUCUCAAAGCAUUAUAUGAUCUAAGUUAAUUAUCAAUAUUAUUAUUGAGAUUGCUCCAGACUCAGAAGUUCAUUGGUAUUGGGAAGAACCAGUAGGAAAUACGACCAUUAUAGAUUUAUGUUGACUUUGCCUCCGAUACGACGACUUGGUGCCCUAUGUAUGAUAAGUCCCUUUCCUACAAUCGCAAUCAAUAUGUGUCAAAGAUGGACUUAGCCUGGGAUCUUCCUGUCUCUAAGGUUGCUCUCUAGCUACUGUGGCACAACGCGCUGGUAUUGUCAAUAUUAUUGCUGCUGUUGUUUAUUUCGGGGAAGUUCUGGAGAUUGAUCAUGGAUCAGUCAGAGCAGGAAGGAACUUCGAAGUCAGGCAGUUGAGCCUUCUCCCAUUUUAUGGAGGAAGAUGCUGAUCCAAGAGAAGUUAAAAUGAAUUUGUUCAGGGUUACAGAGGGAGACAGCAGCAUCAGGAUCUGAACUUGGAAUCUCCGACUCGAAGAGCUCAUUACCAUCCUAGUUUUCUAAUGAGUUUGGGCCUUACUGGACUAUUGCAUAUGUUUUCACAUAUUAGACAAAGACUCAUACAAGUCUACUGAGCGCUUUAGGUUCCAAGACUAAAGGUUAGACUCAAACAUUAUGGUAAUAAUCUCCAAGGACCCAGGCUUCCUGUUGCCUAGUGACAAAGUUUCCGAGUUCACUGAAGAAUUGAGACUAUAACUGAAGUUUGAAGUUGUGCCUCUAGUCUUGAGCCUGCAAUUUUAGAACUGCCAAGCAAUUGAAACUCAAAUGCACCCUGGUCUCUUCUUUCUGUGAGCCAAGAAAAGUAAUCUUAUGAUGGUAGCGAAAACUGGUUAGUUCAUUUGUCGUGACUUAUUUGCUCUGAAUCCUCAACUUUUUCCUAAACUAUGUGAAGUGAUGGUGCUUUUAUGUUAGUCUUCUGAAACAACAAUCGUGCCUUCUACCUGAAGUAAUUGGUUUUUACCUUUGAUUACACUAAAUGCUAAGAAAAGUUCAGAGCUCUGGAUGGUCAUUGAAAUCCUACUGUUUCUGCUAAUAACUGCCAUCAAUUUCAUCUCUUUUCCACCUGCCAAUUAUAUCACCUACUAUAUCCUUCCCCUUUAAGGAAGCAAAAUGGCCAAGGGACGGAAAGGCCCCAAAGGGAAAAAAAUCACCUUAAAGAUUGCCAAAAAUUGUAUCAAGAUCACAUUCGAUGGGAGACGGCGCCUUGACCUAAGCAAAAUGGGGAUCACCACCUUCCCCAAGUGUAUCCUAAAACUCAAUGAUGUUGAUGAACUAGACCUGAGUCGAAAUAUGAUCAAGAAGAUACCAGAAAGCAUCUCCAAGUUCCAGAACCUGCGUUGGUUAGAUCUGCACAGCAACCUUAUUGAUAAGCUUCCUGAUUCAAUAGGCCAACUGGAAACUCUCCACUACCUCAACCUGUGCAAUAACAAGUUAACCAGCAACUCCCUUCCUUUGGAGCUCAGAGACCUGAAAAACCUACGUACACUGAACUUGGGUUUGAACCACAUCGAUAAUAUCCCCACCACCCUUGGGGCACUGAAGGAGCUCCAUGAGGUGGGUGUGUUUGACAAUCUUCUGACCUCUAUACCCAAUAGUAUCGCCAAACUCCCCAAACUAAAGAAACUGAAUGCGAAGCGUAACCCCUUCCCCAAAGAAGAAGAUGAUACGGCAUUUAUCGAUUCCAUAAAGCGAUUAGAAAACUUGUACUUGGUAGAAGAGAAAGAUCUCUGUGCACCUUGCCUAAGGAAAUGUCAAGAUGCCCGGGACAAGUUGAAUAAAAUAAAGAGCAUGGCACCCGCCCAAGCAAGGAAGCCAAACUUUUCAAAUCUAAUUAACCCCAACUCAACAGCCAAGGAUAGUCAAGAUGAAUGGAGGUGAACAGGGACCCUUUCCCUGGGGAAAGUGGGGGAAAAUCUCACGAGGUUGUGUCAACAGGCAGCAAAAUGUCCAUCAUAACUGGUCAUGUGGCUUCUCCAGCCAAGCCCAUAAAACAGCUUUCCCUCCC